AUGGAAACCACCACUCUCCGUCACACAAUUGGCAUCCCUCACUUUCCUUCACCUUCACUCACUAACAAUAGCAACAAUUCCUCCAAAUUACUGCCAAAACGAUUCAACUCUCUCCAACCUCCUAUUUUCCUUUCUUCUAAUUUUCCCACCAAUUCCUUCUCUCUUUAUCCCAAAUCCUCCAAUUUUCACCACCGCCUGAUCCUUCGCGCCACCAACCACCACCACCAAAAUGAUCAUGACCACGACCACGACCACGGCCACAGCUGUCAUCACAAUCAGCAUCACCAUCACGGAGGCCAUGAUUCGCAACUGACUGGACCCCAAACAGCUCUUCUAAAUUUUGCAAAAACACUAGGAUGGACGGACUUAGCCAAUUUGUUGAGAGAAAACUUGCAACUUUGCUGCUGUUCUGCUGCUCUCUUUAUCACUGCUGCUGCCUGCCCUUACAUAAUUCCCAAACCUGCAGUCAAGCCCCUUCAAAAUGCGCUCAUGCUAGUGGGCUUCCCUCUCGUUGGGGUCUCAGCAUCCCUUGAUGCACUUACAGAAAUUGCUGGUGGGAAAGUGAACAUUCAUGUAUUAAUGGCCCUUGCCGGUUUUGCAUCCAUUUUUAUGGGCAAUGCUUUAGAAGGAGGGUUACUUCUUGCAAUGUUCAAUUUAGCUCAUAUUGCUGAAGAGUUUUUUACUAGUCGGUCAGUGAUUGAUGUUAAAGAGUUGAAGGAAAAUUAUCCGGAUUCUGCCCUUGUGUUGGAUGUAAAUGAUGACAAGCUGCCUGAUGUUUCUGAUUUGUCGUAUAAAAGUGUGCCUGUGCAUGACAUAGAAGUGGGAUCCUAUAUUUUGGUCGGAACUGGUGAGGCUGUGCCACUAGAUUGUGAAGUUUUUCACGGUGGGGCAACAAUUACUAUUGAGCACUUGACUGGAGAAGUCAAACCAUUAGAGGCAAAAGUUGGAGACAUAAUUCCUGGUGGUGCAAGGAAUGUGGAUGGAAGAAUGAUUGUCAAGGCCACUAAGACAUGGAAAGAGUCAACACUCAGUAAAAUUGUGCAAUUGACUGAAGAAGCACAAUCAAGUAAGCCAAAACUUCAAAGGUGGCUGGAUGAAUUUGGUGAGCAUUACAGUAAAGUGGUUGUGGGUUUGUCUGUUGCCAUUGCUCUCCUUGGGCCCUUUCUUUUCAAAUGGCCAUUCAUGAGCACACCAGUUUGCAGAGGAUCAGUCUAUAGAGCACUGGGCCUAAUGGUGGCAGCUUCACCGUGUGCCUUGGCUGUAGCUCCCUUGGCAUAUGCCACUGCUAUUAGUUCCUGUGCAAGAAAGGGGAUAUUGCUUAAAGGAGGCCAGGUUCUAGAUGCUUUAGCUUCCUGCCACACCAUAGCUUUUGACAAAACUGGAACAUUGACAACUGGGGGACUUACGUUCAAAGCAAUUGAACCCAUUUAUGGACAUUUGAUAAAAAACAACAGGAGAAAUUUCACUUCCUGUUGCAUUCCCAGCUGUGAAAAGGAAGCUCUUGCUGUAGCAGCUGCUAUGGAAAAGGGUACUACUCACCCCAUUGGAAGAGCUGUUGUGGAUCAUAGUAUAGGCAAAGACCUACCUUCUGUUUCUGUGGAAAGCUUUGAAUAUUUUCCUGGUAAAGGUCUUGUUGCAACUCUGAAUAACGCUGAGUCAGGAACUGGAGUGGGUAAAUUGCUGAAAGCAUCUCUUGGUUCUGUAGAGUUCAUUACUUCACUUUGUAAAUCUGAAGGUGAAUCAAGAAAGAUAAAGAAAGCAGUUAAUGCAUCUUCUUAUGGAAGUGAUUUUGUUCAUGCUGCUCUUUCUGUUGAUGAAAAGGUAACAUUGAUCCACCUUGAGGAUAGACCACGACCAGGGGUUUCAGAUGUCGUAUCAGAAUUACAAGAUCAAGCAAGGUUCCGAGUAAUGAUGCUAACUGGAGACCAUGAAUCAAGUGCAUGGAGAGUUGCAAAGGCAGUGGGCAUCUCUGAAGUUUACUGCAGCCUGAAGCCAGAGGACAAGCUUAAUCAAGUUAAGGGUAUCUCGAGGGAUAUGGGGGGAGGUCUGGUCAUGGUUGGUGAAGGUAUUAAUGAUGCCCCGGCACUUGCUGCUGCAACUGUAGGGAUCGUGCUUGCUCAAAGGGCCAGUGCAACUGCCAUAGCUGUUGCCGAUGUCCUACUGCUAAGGGAUACCAUAUCUGGUGUUCCAUUCUGUAUUGCCAAGUCUCGCCAAACAACUUCCCUGAUAAAGCAAAAUGUGGCCCUUGCAUUAACUUCUAUAUUUCUGGCCUCCCUUCCAUCUGUUUUGGGGUUUCUUCCCCUCUGGUUGACGGUUCUUUUACAUGAAGGUGGUACUCUUCUCGUGUGCCUCAAUUCCAUACGUGCUCUGAAUGAUCCCAAAUGGUCCUGGAGGGAAGACUUGCAGCAAGUUGUAGAGAAACUGAAAUCCAGAGUGAUGUUGACGAUGACAGAUGACACAACAAGCUCAAGCACCAUGGAGGCAGCACCUUUGUGA